AUGGCGAAGUUGGCCACGACUAAGCAGGCUAGUGAACACAUCCCUGAAAUGGAUGAGUUAGUGACUUUGGAAAAUGUGCAACACGAGAGCGGUGUGAGGAACGAUGAUUGGCACAGCAUAAGAGAUCCAAAGAAGCGGAAACAAAUACAAGACCGUCUUGCUCAACGUGCGAGACGAAAACGUGUGAAAGAGGCAAAGAAUCAAAAUCCGAAGCCUGCUGAGCAAGAUGCUCUAAUCACCUGUCUUAGUCAAAGUCACGUUGCUAGAAACAAUGAUGCUUCAGACUCAUCACUAUUCAACUCAUUGAACUCACUAGACUCACAUCGACAUAAUGAAUAUUAUCAAUACGUAGAAGUCCCUCCACUCGCACCCGCGCUCGAACUUCCAGCUCCACUCUCAGUCCUAGCAGCACUCUGGCUCAACGGCGAAAUCCUAGGUCUAAAAUCCUGUACCACAUUCCCGUGCAAAUCUCUCCCAGUAUCAGCUGAUAUCCCCGAAUCUCUACGUCCGACAACAAUCCAACUACUCACGCUUCAUUGUCCUGGGAUUGACCGGUUCCCGUUUCCUAAGAUGAGAGAUAGGUCAAUUGAGAUGAGUGCGUUUCUGGAUGAAGAGGAAUUGGGGAGGGAUAUGAUUAUGGGUCCGAGUUUUUGGAUUGUGCCUGGUGGUGCGUCGUGGGAUCCGGGGGCUUGGGUUAUUGAUGUGGGGUUUAGGGAGAAAUGGGGGUGGCUGUUUGAUUAG